AUGAGUAAGGCAAAAGAUCACGAUGCUAUUUUCAAGGAUAGAUGUUGUUUCCAUAGGUCAAACACAGAAGAAACACUGGCUUGGUCUGACUCUGUGGAUACACUACUUGCUAAUAAAGAUGGCCUGGCAGCUUUUAGGAAGUUUUUGAAGUCAGAAUUCAGUGAGGAGAAUGUAGAGUUCUGGCUGGCUUGUGAGGACUUCAAAAAAACCACGUCUUCCACCAAGAUCGCAGCCAAAGCCCAAAAGAUUUAUGCUGACUUUAUCGAACCUGAUGCUCCAAAGGAGAUCAAUAUUGACUUCCAUACAAGAAAUCACAUCUCUCAGAACAUCUCAGAACCCACCCUCAGUUGUUUUGAUGACGCCCAGAGGUUAAUCUAUAGUCUCAUGGCAAAAGACUCUUUUCCCAGGUUUCUAAGGUCAAAGGAGUAUAAGGACCUAGCAAAGAAGCAAGACAACAGAAAUGACAAAAGGUGGCUCCCAUUUUUGUGAGAAGGUAAAAGCUAGAGGCCUGAGUGGUUAUGAAUUUGUAGAUGCCUCCUGUUACAACUCAGGACAGGUAAUAUUUUAUUAAAGUGAUUGUAUGAAGCAGAACUCUUAACUGGCUUGUUUUUAAUGUGUGUGAUUCUGCCAAAGUUGGUGGAGAAAUAUUCUAGAAACAGAAUGGAAUACGCUGACAGUUGAGUUUUUUAGUAAAAAUUUUGCAAUUAAUAUUUUUUCCAAUAGUUUCUUCAUUUGUUGCAGUGAUUUUGCGUUUUAUAAGUGAAAUGUUCUGGUUCUAUGGUCUACCAUCAGUUUUUUGUUAGA